AGGCAAUCCCACUUGAUUUAAGUGCUGCACGAGUGACCAGAGCAAAACAGCACAGCUAUGAGUGAGGGGACGUGCCUGCGGAGAAGGGGGGGCCCUUAUAAGACUGACCCAGCAACAGAUCUCACACGCUGGCGCCUCACUUGCAAAGAGGGCAGGCAAACCUGGCGCUAUGUGGAGGAAGAAGAAGACAGACCACAGAGUGUGCUGGAGGCACAUUCUCUAGGACUGACUACGAGUGAGCUUCUAAAUGAAUUUCCAAAGGCUCUUACAGCCCAGGACGGAGCUGAAAAUGGAAUGACAUUUUAUUCUGCUUUACAAGCUGAAGAUGGACAUUGGGCUGGUGACUAUGGAGGACCACUUUUCUUAAUGCCAGGUCUCCUGAUUGCAUGUCAUGUGACCCAAACUUCACUUCCCGAGGCUACAAAGAAGGAGAUGGUGCGCUAUCUGCGCUCUGUGCAGCUUCCAGAUGGUGGAUGGGGCCUACAUGUUGAAGAUAAGAGCACUGUCUUUGGCACGGCUCUUAGUUAUACCUCCCUACGCCUGCUGGGAGUAUCACAGGAUGACCCAGAUCUGACCCGGGCCAGGAACAAUCUUCACAGUAAAGGUGGUGCCAUUGGGAUUCCAUCCUGGGGAAAAUUCUGGCUGGCUGUACUUAAUGUGUACAGCUGGGAGGGGAUGAACACGUUGUUUCCAGAGAUGUGGCUUUUUCCGCAGUGGUUCCCUGCUCACCCCAGCACCCUGUGGUGUCACUGCAGGCAGGUUUACCUACCCAUGAGUUAUUGUUAUGCCACAAGGCUAAGUGCCCGUGAGGAUGACCUGAUUCGCAACUUGAGACAAGAACUCUAUGUGCAGGAUUACAACAGUAUUAAUUGGCCAUCACAGAGAAAUAAUGUUGCCCCUUGUGACCUGUACACCCCCCACAGUACACUGCUGAAUUUCGCUUAUGUCUUGCUGAAUAUAUAUGAAUCGUACCACAUUCCUGCCCUCCGUCGCCGUGCAGUACAUGAACUGUAUGACCACGUUACAGCAGAUGACCGCUUCACCAAAUGUAUCAGCAUUGGUCCGAUCUCAAAGGUGAUUAAUAUGCUGGUUCGCUGGCAUGUGGAUGGAUUGGAGUCACCUGCAUUCAAGGAGCAUGUAGACCGCAUACCAGAUUAUCUUUGGUUGGGUCUGGAUGGGAUGAAGAUGCAGGGAACAAAUGGUUCUCAGCUGUGGGACACAGCAUUUGCUGUACAGGCUUUCCUGGAGGCAGGAGCUCACAAGAAACAGCAGUUUCAGAAACCUUUGGAGAAAGCACAUGAAUUUCUACGUUUUUCACAGAUACCAGAUAAUCCUCCAGAGUAUAAGAAGUACUACAGACAAAUGAACAAGGGAGGAUUUCCAUUCAGCACGCGUGACUGUGGCUGGAUUGUGGCAGACUGCACAGCUGAAGGACUAAAAUCAGUCAUGCUGCUCCAGGAGAACUGCACCUUUCUAUCUGAUAACAUUCCAAGGGACAGAUUAAGGCAGGCUGUGGAUGUGCUUCUUAGCAUGAAAAAUUCUGAUGGAGGAUUUGCUACAUAUGAAACAAAACGUGGUGGCCGUCUGCUUGAAUUGCUGAAUCCCUCUGAAGUGUUUGGGGACAUCAUGAUUUAUUACAUUUAUGUGGAGUGCACAUCUGCUGUGAUGCAAGCUUUGAAGCAUUAUCAAGCCUGGGAUCCUGAUUACCGAGCAUAUGAAGUCAGAGAGACUCUUCAGCGUGGGCUGGAUUAUUGUCGCUCAGUACAGAGAGAAGAUGGCUCCUGGGAAGGGUCUUGGGGCGUUUGCUUUACAUAUGGCAUUUGGUUUGGACUGGAGGCCUUUGCUUGCAUGGGAUAUAAAUAUGGGUGUCCAGAGAUCAGAAAGGCGUGUGAUUUUCUGUUGUCACAUCAGAUGGAGGAUGGGGGCUGGGGAGAAGAUUUUGAGUCCUGCGAGGAGAGGAGAUACGUUCAGAGUGCAGACUCUCAAAUACACAAUACAUGUUGGGCUCUGUUGGGGCUGAUGGCUGUAAGGUUCCCAGAUGUCAGUGUUCUGGAGAGAGGCAUUAAGCUGCUUCUGGAAAAGCAACUCAGUAAUGGAGACUGGCCUCAGGAGAACAUAUCAGGUGUGUUUAACAAGAGCUGCGCUAUAAGCUACACCUCAUAUCGGAAUGUUUUCCCUAUAUGGACACUGGGACGUUUUUCCCGCCUUCAUCCAAACAGCCCUCUGGCUGGCAUCCAUAAGGCCAGGUAUGGCUGAUCCUCAAUAAAUACUGGAACAGGACCAACUACCCCUUACAAAACCUGACUACCUCCCAAGCUCUGCAGUCUACUAAAAUGAUUAAUUUUAUAAUUUGGUUAUUCAUUUUUUUAAUGAGACUUGACUUCAGUUUGUGCAA